UGCACACAUUCCCAGGCGAGGCUGCAAGAUCCGAGGAGGAGGUUGCAUACUCGACUGGAGAAGGGGGCCAUUCGGGGGGCGUGCACCUACGACCGGGACCAGGAUGGAAGGCAGCCAGGCGAAGGAGGAUGGCGAGCCGCGAGCAAGGGACGGGGAGGCGGUGCACCUGCGCAGGGAGAUCGGCCUGCUGCCCGCCGUGUGCUUCAUCAUCGGCACGGUGGUGGGCAGCGGCAUCUUCAUCGCCCCCAAGGGGGUGCUGAUGAACAGCGGCAGCGUGGGGCUCUCGCUGCUGGUGUGGACGCUGUGUGGCGUGCUCUCCUUGUUCGGGGCGCUGUGCUACGCUGAGCUGGGUACCACUUUCACCAAAUCUGGGGGCCACUACACGUACCUGCUGGAGACCCUGGGGCCUCUCCCGGCCUUCUUACGCCUGUGGGUGGAGUUCCUGUUCAUCAGGCCGGCUGUGGCGUCCUACGUGUCGCUGGCGUUUGGCCGCUACGUGGUGGAACCCUUCUUUGCCCCCUGCGAGGCGCCCAUGGCGCUGAUCAGAGUGGUCAGCCUCCUCGGAGUAACCUUUGUGGUGGCCAUCAACUGCUGGAGUGUCACCAUGGCGUCUCGCACCCAAGUCACCUUGACUUUCAUUAAGACCUUCGCCCUGGUUCUCAUUAUAGUGCCCGGCGUCAUGGCGCUGACCAAAGGGAAAACGGAGAACUUCCAGAACGGCUUCGAGGUGGAAGCCCUCAGGCUGGACCGGCUUCCUUUGGCCUUUUACAACGGCCUGUACGCCUACGGUGGAUGGUUUUAUCUCAACUUCAUCACCGAGGAAGUCAUCAACCCAAACAGGACCAUCCCGCUGGCCAUCAUGUGCUCCAUGGUGACGGUGACCGUGCUCUACGUGCUGGUCAACGUGUCCUACUACACCAUGAUGACUCCGGCCGAGCUCCUGGUGUCGGACGCCGUUGCUGUGACGUUUGCCAACCGUGCGCUCCAGGGCGUGUCGUCCAUCAUCCCACUCCUGGUGGCACUGUCCUGCCUGGGAGCCCUCAACGGGGGCUUCUUUUCCUCCCCCAGGAUGCUGUUUGUGGGGGCCAGAGAGGGCCACUGGCCGCCCAUCUUCUCCAUGAUCCACAUCCGCAGACACACGCCACUGCCUGCCGUCUUGCUCCUGUACCCCUUGGUGGCGCUGAUGUUGAUCAACGGAGAGAUCCAGCACCUCCUCAGCUUUGCCUCCUUCGCUCGCUGGUUUUUCAUCGCCUUGGCGACGCUCGGGAUGCUCAUCCACCGAUACCGCUUCCCCCUGCAAGCCCGACCUUUCCAGGUGCCUCUGUUCAUCGCCGUCACCUUCACCGUGGUCUGCUUCUUCAUUGUGGGCUUGUCUCUGUACUCGGACCCUUGGAACACGGGGCGCAGCUUCGCCCUGACGCUGACCGGGGUCCCCGUGUACUACGUGGCGGUCCAUCGCCGCCGCUUGCCACCCAGGUGCAGAUGGAUGUUCAAUUACUGCAGCAAGCAGCUUCAGAUCCUUCUGGAAGUGGCUCAGCAGGAGGUGAAGACCUACUGAGGGCACCAAAGAAGUUAGCAUUCUCUGCACAAUUCUGUGUGAACGUUGCAGUGUCUCUAAAGGUGAAAAAUAAAGUGCCUCGUGGAAGGAA